CGAAACCGUCCCUGUCCGACAGCCACUGGCAACUUCUAUGGACCCAACCUACGAUUAUCCAGCCAGUCAGAAGCAUUGUCAGACUAGUCUCCUUGGCUGGCCAGCAGCAGCAGCAGCUCCAGCAGCUACUCAGCUUUCUCCGCAUCUUCCCCUCAAGGAAAACAAAAAAGAAAGAACCCAGACCGACACUUGCCCCAACUGCCCCCAGCUGCGUGUCGGGGGUUAAAUUCCUGCUGCUUCGCUGUUCAUGAUCACUUCCUCUUCCUCUUCCUCUUCCUGUUUUUCGUUCUCUCUUCACUAAUUCUCCAUCUACCUUCACGAAUCCCUCCUUCUCCCGUUCGCCGCCCCUCGGUCCUCCCACCAAGACAAACAUCCAUCACAAUGUCUGCCAGAAGAUUGAAGGUUGGCUGUGCCGGUCUCGGUCGCAUGGGCAAGCGUCAUGCCCUCAACUUCUUACAGCGCACUCCCCGCGCAGAGCUCGUCGCCGUCAGUACUCCCGACGACAGCGAAUUGGAAUGGGGCAAGGUCCACCUGGCCCCGUACGGCGUGAAGCUGUACAAAAACUAUGACGACAUGCUGAAGCACGAGGGCUUGGAGGCCGUGAUUGUUGCCUCCGCUACCGCCGUGCACGCCGAGCAGGCCAUCAAGGCCAUUGAGGCUGACAAGAACGUUCUGUGCGAGAAGCCUUUGUCUACCAGUGUUGAAAUUUCCCAAUCCGUCCUUGACGCCGCAGCCAAGAAACCCCAUCUCAAGGUCAUGUGCGGAUUCUCGCGGCGAUUCGACGCCUCCUACCGGGACGCGCACAGCAAGAUGUCCGCGGGGGCGAUCGGCACGGCCUCAGUUAUGCGCAGCCAGACGUGCGAUAAGCUGGACCCGACGGGGUUCUUCGUCACCUACGCUGAGUUCUCUGGCGGUAUCUUUGUGGACUGCUCGAUCCACGACAUCGACCUGGCGCUGUGGUUCUUCGGCCAGGACAGUAAGGUGAAAUCCGUCUCCGCUGUGGGCAUCACGGCGGUGGAGCCGGACCUCCGCAAGCACAACGACCGCGACAACGCUGUCGGCCUGGUCGAGUUCUACGACGGCCGCAUCGCCUACUUCUACGCCUCGCGUAUGAUGGCCGCCGGCCAGGAGGACUCCACCGAGAUCAUCGGCACCAAGGGCAAGCUGGCCGUCAACACCCAGCCCGCCAUCAACUUGGUCAACGUUUUCGACGAGACCGGCGUCCGCCGCGAGCUGCCCCAGCACUACUACGACCGCUUCGAGUACGCCUUCGUCACCGAGGCCAACGAGUUCACCGCCUCCUGCCUUGAGAACACCCCCGUGCCCUUGAAGCUGGAGGGCGCCGUCCAGGCGGUGCGCAUCGGGGCCGCCCUCCAGGAGAGUCUGAUCACCGGCGAGAAGAUCAACUUCGAUGAACAGGGGAACCGGAUCCCCAAGGCGAGAUUGUGAGCGUGAGGAGAGGAUGGUCACAAUAGACAUUGAUUAGAGCUUUUGGCUUUCACUAAACUUUUCUUUUUGGAAUGACUUGCGAGUGUGAUGUUUUAGCCUGAAUGACAAUCAAAAAAAAUAUGAUCCACGACU